CGGGGGGCCCGGGCGGAAUGGCGGGGCUGCACCGAGGGGGCACGUCAUGUGACCGGGGAGCGGCGGGGAAUGGCCCGUGACUGCGCUGCGGCCUGGCUUUGGAGCACGGGCCCUUCCUUUGCUCCCCAUUCCCAAUGCUAACGCGCCUGUUCCCAGCCCCGUUACAGAGGCGAUCGCCCCGCCCCGUUCCCGUAACACCGGCCAUGACACACAGCACCGGGCCCUGCCGCCGCGGCCCCGCCCCUUCCUGCGGCGCCUGCCCAAUGGGCGCGCAGGCCGCGGUUUAAAUGGCGGGGGCGGGCCUGGGUCGUUGGUGCCGCCAUGGGCAGCGCUGAGGGAACAGAUUGGGUUGAUGUUGCCAAUGAUCUUUUAAGGAGCUGUCACAUAAACCUGCACAUAAAACAUCUCUCAGAAUGUAGUGCUGACGUGUUUGUUCAUCUUUAUGAGUCAGUCUUAGGAGAAAAAGUACCAGAUUUCAUUGCUACUCCCAGAAGCCAAGAGGAUGAUGCACAUAAUGUACAAGCAGUAAUAGAUUCCCUGGCAUUGGAUUAUUUGCAGGUCAGCUUGUCUCACAUCACGGGUGAGAAUAUUGUGAAAGGAGACAAGGAAUCUAUCAAGAACCUCCUGGAAAUAUUUGAUGGUUUGUUAGAGUAUCUUAGAGAAGUCAGUGAAGCUUCUUCUCAGACUGGAGUUGAGGUAAAUGUGCUGUCCAGUGAUGAAACUCAAAUUGCACCUCAAGAGCAGCUGGAAAGCACUGCUAGUCAACUUACAGAACAUACACUACUUUCAUCAGUUGAAAGGUCCCAGUCAGAAUAUUUUAUUCUAACUUGUGAUACAGAUGGCUCAGAAUCUACCAGUGAAUUAAUUAAACUUGGAGAUACUGCUUAUUCAUUUUCCAAGAGAGGGGAAGAACUUCAGAUGCCUGGACGGUGUCUAGCAGAAAAGGACAUGGGGGUAGAAGAAUCUGAAAGCUCAGAAGCUCUUGCAGCAUUGCCCCGACAGUUCUCAGAAAGUGAAAGGGGGAUUGUAAAGGAAAGGGAAGAUGGAGAGAUGGAGUCUGUUCAUGCUGUUGAACCCCCCAGAGGGAGUCAGAGUGCCAGUGCUACAAAACUGGGGGAGCCCAUCCAGCAGGCAAUUCCUCUGCUGCCCCCAUUCCAGCCCUCAGAUCCGGGAUGGAGAGAUUACCACAGCUCAGACAGACAGGCAGCAGCUCUGGCUUGCAGUCAAGCAGUGAGCAUUCCUGCUAUUGAAAAGUCACUUACCCAAAAAUCUGAUGAUGUUUCUGAUGGUCUUCCUCUAUCAAGAAAGAUUCCUGUGGGAAAAAUGCUGGGAGAUGAUGCUGAGGACAAUGUGACAAAGGUGCCUCUGGUAUGUGAGUCUGCUGUAUCUGCCUCCUCUUCUAAGGAAAAGCUCUCCCUACGUGCUGAACAAGUAACACAAAUCCCAAGACCUGAAUCUCAACACCGGCCUAGAACAAGCAAAUACGAAAAUUCUUCCGAAGGCUCACUUUCCCACAGAACAACAAAGGAGAAGGUGCCUCAGCAAGAGUUUCACGAAGCAUCAGAAAAUCUGUCUCGCAGGCUAAAUGAACUAGAUUUAAUGUUGAAGAGAGCUUUGGGUGAACACACAAGAGAAGAGGAGCUGACAGAUGAGGACAGCCUGUCCCAGCACAGUGACAGUGUCAUGGACUAUGGCCGAAGCACAGCUGGGAGAGAUACAUCAAGUGCAAGCUACCCAGGCAGGCCAAGAUCCCUUUCUCCAGCCUCACCCUCAUCUCAGCACCAGCAACAGAAACUGCGGAGUAGUGGAACAGGCCAGAUAAAGACAAUACGCAGCCACGUGCAGGAAGAGAGGGAUGAAAGAACAAGAAAAGCAAAGCUGGUUACUAAUGCUUAUGAAAACGAGCUAAGAAUUUUUGAAGCAAGGGAGAAGCGUAGAAUUUCCAAGCUCAGGGAAGCUGCCAAGGAAGUGGAACAAGAGUACAAAGAAAACGUCUUUCAAGAACAUCCAAAAGUGUCUCGGCCAGUGAAAGUUUAUUCUAGAAAAACCACACCUCAGUAUUCCAAAUACAGCCAGUGGAUUCCAAAACGAGGGAUCAUGAAGCCAAAGCAAGCAGCUCCAAUGACAAUAAGAGACAAUGACCUCCUCUUGCAGCUCCUGGAGGAGUUUCCCCACCUGCACAUUUCCUCCCGUACUCUGAACAAAAUGUGGCAGCAGCAGCUUGCACAAACUCUGCACCUCAAGGCACCUUCUGCCAGACCCAGACCAAAACUCCAGAAUGAAGUUGAACAAGCCUUGAAGAAACAGGAGCUGCUUGCUGCAAUUAUUAAGAGAGAUCAAGAUCACAGCAAGAGACUGCAAGAAAUCAAGCAGCGCAUCUACCGGCAGAGGUGGGCUCAGAACAGGGUGACAGAGAAGAAGCAGCAGGUGGCCCGGGCCAGGAAAUACUACGAGGAUUACAGGGUCCAGCUCCGGGCCAAGCUGCUGCGCGCAAGGACGCGGGAGGAGAAGAUAUUUAAAAACUUAUUUGAAGAAGGUUUAGAAAUUCAGAAGCAAAGACUGAGGGAACUGAGAGUUUAUGCUCAAGAGAAGCGCGAUGAGCAACGGCGAGAGCACCAGACUGAGCUGGAAUCUCUGGAGAACUACUACAAAGAUCAGUUUUCCAUGCUAGCAGAAGUUAUAGCUCAAGAAUUCCAAGAAAUCCAAACCAGAGAGAAAGCACAAGCACAAAUGCUACAGAAAACAAAAAGAGAACUGAGAUCAAAGAUGGAAAAGGAAAUACAGCAACUGCAAGCAGCAAUCAUGCACAGUGAUGAUGACACCUUUUUUCAAGAACUAGAAGCAGACAGACUGAGAUCCAGACUUCAGAUGGCUUCUUUCCAGUACAGCCAAAGCCACUUCUUCUAAGACUUGGGAAGUUGGUGUAGCUUUGCUGAGUUUUGAGAGGAGACAUCUGUUCACCUGUGCUGAGAUAAAGUCCUUGCCAAGACAUGCCAGUACCUGAGAGCCAGAAAUAAGACCUGAUGUGUUUGAUUAGAACAUUCAGCACACUCCUCACUGUAGGUAACAGCAUGUAGGAAGUCACCAAGUUUCAAGUAUUUUCUCCUGAAACAAAGUCAAGUUACUUAAAAAUGAAAUUGUUACAUUUUAAAGAUUUAAUUAAGAAAAACUUAAAACUUUUAAAACCAUUGAUGCUGUGACAGUGCAAACAGCAUACAAUUUAUUGCUCAAUUUCUGCAUGGGUACAUACAUUAAGUACUUAAAACCAUUUUAUACAGAUUUUUUUGUUGUUGUUAAAGCUCAUGUAACAGCUGGGUGAAAAUACAAUGAUACCAAUGCUAAAACACUCUGUAAUAAAUACAAUGGAAAUGAUAAACUAAGAACUGUCAGUUUGUGGAGGAGUAAUUACACUUGUAUAAACUAAUUACAACUACAGACAAAGCUCUGAGGAUGUGUAGAGCCAGGAACCUACUACAUAGUGUAAAGUACAACAAAUGGCACCUGUCAACUGUGUGGUGCUGUUUAAAAAGAUGCUACAUGGAGCUGGAGGAUGGUGCUGUGACAGGAGCAAAGCUUGAACUUCCAUCAAUGCAGCCUUUUAAACCCACCAGGAGUUCAGUACAGAUGUAGUGUUGUAGAACAGGAAUUUCAAAACAGCUUGUGUGCUCUGGACUUUAGUACAACACAAAAAUUUGGUACAAAUAAAUCAGUUUAGGGAAACUGAACCUAUGUGCAAAAAAAAAAAAAAUUAGAAUACAUACUGUACAAAGCACCAUUACAAAACUCUUUACACCGAGAAAUUAAAUCCUCUGAAACUCAACUGUGAACUGUAUAUUUGAAAUCUACAAAAGUCACUGUUCAUAAUUAAACAUUCAUAAUGAAAAGCAACAGCACAAAACCAUGAUGUGACAAUCUCUCUAAAACAACUAAAGACUGGAUAAAGUAAAACCCAGUAAGAGGGACACAUUGAAAUAAAUAUUCACAUUAAUCAUGGGGUGAAAGUCCAAGGUUAAAAUGCAAUAUUAGGCUUAGCACCUUUUUGAGGGGAAAGUAGCUGACAUGUUCUUGAAACUAAAUUUUGGAAAGGAAUCAAUCCUUUAUGACAUUCAGAUAAAUAUCUGACUGGGUGAUGAGGUGCUUCAGUUAAAGCUCUCAGUCUUUAUGAAGGUAGAAAGGCACUCAAAAUACUUGGUAUAUUCAUCCUUAUCUGCCAGCUAUGGAAAGUUCAUUGCAGAUUUGUCUAGUUUUGCCUAUAAUAUAUUAAAUUUACAAUAUCUGUGGCAGUUAAAAAAAAUCUCAAUGCCAUACCAAAAUAUUUAGUAGAAAAGCAGAUGUACUGCUAAGGCUGCUGUGAAAAUGAAUGUAAUUAUCAGCUGAUCUGGGUCUCUAUUCUGCAGAGCUCAUCUCCUCCCUCCCCAAAGAUGCUUUUAUGACAGCAAGGUGACCAUAACUAUGCAUUCAAUAAAUCCACCAGCCAGAUUUUAUGUUUGCCAUGUUCCAUGAACAGGGAGGCUGUGGCCACAGCCUAGGCAAGCACAAGGGGAUUAAAAAAAAAAAAUUAAAAAU